AACGGCCUGUGUUCAUGUGUCUGUCAGAGACAGCGUCCAGCGUCGAUAACCGCCCUCGCCCGACGGAACAUUAGAGGACCGAACCGAUAAACCAAACAAGUCAGGAACAAACGGCUACGGAUUCAAGCAAGAGUAGGGUCAGGACAGGAACAGAGUCCUCAAGUUGCAGUUAUAAUAGACGAAACAGAACGGAACGCCCAUUUCGCAUCGAAAUUCAACUCCCAUACGCCAUACGCUCGACGUCGUUCUCACUUUUCGCUGCUGUUGUGGCUAACAGGCGCGCCAACUAAAAAUAGAAAAGCAAACAACUAUCCAUUUCGAAGAAAUUGCCCCAGCACAGCACAGCAAAGCUUAGAAGCCAAGUAUUUUUCUGCAUUGGGAGAUUAAGAAGCGAAGAACAACGUCAUAACCACAUAGACCUGGAGCGACAUCACAAACACAAAUAAAAUAACGACGGGUGUCAACCAAAGUACCAAUCAAUAUUCCUGGCAAUGGAAAGUGUUGGCGACCACGUUCCAAAUAGACUGACAGGCGUUAAGUCGAGCCUCCAAAUAGUCAGGGAGCGUUUCAAGGAAGACGAAAUAAUACUCUAUCUAUUUGAGGCUUAUCAGAUCAAGGGACCCGAGGACGCCAAUCGGCUACUGGCGCUAGUUUCGUCGGAGUCCGGCGGGACGUUUGCCAUCAUCUCGUUCUCCUUCGUGCGCACGCCGCUUACAUCAGUGAAUGAGCUGAUCAUCAACAAAGUGUUUGCCAUCGAUGAGAGUUUUCAGCUGCGACAGGAUUGCAAGGGGUCCAUCACAGCGUACCAGUUUGACCUAUCCACGGCCGAGGAUGGACCCAUCAAGUACUACUUCUAUCCCAGCGAGAGCGCCAGCUAUGAAGAGUUUGUGGCCAAAGUCAUUUCCUGCAAGAGUUCCAUGACCCAGAGCGACCCCGAAACGGUGCUCAACUUCAGAUGGCUGAACGACUACCGCCAAAUCGGCGAAGUCAAGCAGGAGUUGAAGAAGCGCGAGAGCGAGUACAUUGUCUACAAAGAUAUUAUCAUAUAUUGCUCCACUUGGAACGUGAACAACAAACCUUGCUGCGACAACGCGGACGCCCUGCGAUCGUGGUUGGGAUGCAGCGAGCGGGCUCCUGACAUCUAUGCCAUUGGCCUGCAGGAACUGGACACACCCGCCAAGGCCAUGCUUAACUCCACUCAGGUCCAGGCCAGUGUAGCCCAGUGGAACGAAAGAAUGGUGCAGAGCGUCCAUCCAGAUGUCGAGUACGAGAUCUUGCAGUACCACCGUUUAGUGGGCAUCAUGCUGACUGUGAUCGUGCGCAAGCAGUUGCGCCAGCACAUCCUGCACUGCCGCUUCAAAUCAGUAGCACGGGGCGUUCUAAACACGCUAGGUAACAAGGGCGGUGUGGCCAUCAGUUUGCAGUUGAACGAGGGAUACAUUUGCUUUGUUAACUCUCAUCUGGCCGCUCAUAUGGGCUAUGUAGAGGAACGCAACCAGGAUUACAAUGCAAUUGUGGAUGGGCUGCGGUUCGACGAUGGCCGCACCAUCAGCGAUCAUGACCACAUCUUCUGGCUGGGGGACUUGAACUAUCGCAUACAGGAGCCGCCUGGACAGCAGCGGCCCGGGCCGCUGACGGAUGCCCAGACGUACGAGCUGCUGCUACAGUACGACCAGCUGCGCCAGGAGAUGCGCAAAGGCAAGUGUUUUGAGGGAUACACGGAGGGCGAGAUUAAGUUUCGGCCUACGUACAAGUACGACCCGGGAACGGACAAUUAUGACAGCAGCGAAAAGCAGCGAGCGCCCGCAUACUGUGACCGCGUGCUGUGGAAGGGCACGCGAAUCGAACAGCUGGCGUACAACAGCAUCAUGGACAUACGACAGAGUGAUCACAAACCCGUGUACGCCGUGUUUCGGGUCAAGAUCAAAACCCGCGACGAGAUCAGAUACAAGCGCGUGCAAGAGGAGGUACUGAAGGCGGUGGACAAGCGUGAGAACGACAACCAGCCACAGAUUAGUGUGGAGAAGACUGUCAUCGACUUCGGACGGGUGCGCUUCAACGAGCCGUGCAUGCGGGACUUCAACGUGUACAACAGCUGCCCACUGCCGGUCGACUUCAGCUUUAAGGAGAAGGACAUCCACGACAUAUGCGAGAAGUGGCUGCAGGUGGAUCCGCGAAAGGAUAGCCUGAUGAUCGACUCGGCGCGUAGCAUACGCAUUAAGAUGCUCGCUGACGUGCACACUAUUAGGGGUCUACUCAAAAAGAUUCGCAGCAGCGACAACUUCGACAUCCUCAUCCUGCACGUGGAGAACGGCCGCGACAUCUUCAUCACAGUCACGGGUGACUAUCAGCCCAGCUGCUUCGGCCUAUCCAUGGAAACGAUGUGUCGCACUGAUCGCCCUCUUAGCGAAUACUCACAGGAGCAGAUCAAGCACCUGAUGAAUGAUAACUCCCAGGAAUAUUGCGUGACGAUGCCACGCGAGUUCUUUUUGCUGAUCGACUACUUGCACAAGCAGGGAUCCAAGCUGGAAGGGGGAUUCCACACUUUUGAGUCGCGGAAAUCUCUAAACACACACUUUAAUGUGGUGCGCGACUGGCUCGAUACCUGGUGCGACGAAGAGUUUCCUGGAACUCCACAAAGCGCUGCACAGGCGCUUCUGCUUCUGCUGGACCUGCCAGAGCAACCGCUUCUGGAGCCAUUUGUCGAGGAUCUGUUGGCAAGCAAAAGCAAGUCAAAGGCCAUGGACUAUAUAGCCCUGCUCAGUCCGCCGAAACGGAAUGUCUUUAUGCACUUGUGCAUGUUCUUGCGCGAGGGAAUCGAGUGCCAGUACUACGAUCUGGAUCUAGUCGCUGUCACUUUUGGUCGGAUUCUUCUGCGGAGUAGCGAGUGCAAGGCAUGGCCGGACUACAAAAUCCGCUGCAGUCAAUUUAUGCGGCUUUUUAUCAAAAGCGACGGUGCUGAUGUCUUGGUGAAUAGAAAUGAAGAAGCUGGAGCGGGACCUAGAGCCGACCUACCAGCAUAGUUAUUCAGUAAAAUGUCGAUACUUAUCUGUAUGUGUAGGGUUAGUGUAUUUAUUUUACUUGUUGGUACUUUUUUUGAACGCCCAUGAGAAGGUUCCAUCUGGGCGGGCAUUUAUGUGCGUUUCUCUGUUUAACAUGUUACUGUUUAUAAAAACACGUUCGAGAUGUCCGUUGCGCGGCACCUCCUUAUAAAUGCUCUUCAUUCCAAA